AUGGGCGAGAAGCUCUACGUCUGCAAAACGUGUGGAAAAAGUUACAGGCAAAAUUCCAGCCUGGUGAUUCACUCGAGGACCCACACUGGCGAAAGGCCGUACCUUUGCAACACCUGCGGCAAAACCUUUACUACAUUAUCAAAUCUUAAACGGCACAUAACCAUGCACAUGGGCGAGAAGCCCUACACUUGCAAAACAUGUGGAAAAAGUUACACAGAACGUUCCAGCCUGGUGGUCCACUCGAGGACCCACACGGGCGAGAUGCCCUACAUCUGCAAAACAUGUGGAAAGAGUUACAGGCAACAUUCCCACCUGGUGGUUCACUCGAGGAUCCACACGGGCGAAAGGCCGUACCUGUGCAACACCUGCAACAAAACCUUUACUGAAUCAUCAACUCUUAAACGGCACAUUACCACGCACAUGGGCGAGAAGCCCUACAACUGCAAAACAUGUGGAAAAAGUUACAGGCUACGUUCCACCCUGGUGAUUCACUCGAGGAUCCACACGGGCGAAAGGCCGUACCUGUGCAACACCUGCGGAAAAACCUUUACUAAUUUACCGGAUCUUAACUGCCACAUAACCACACACAUGGGCGAGAAGCGAUUUUUGUGCAAGACGUGCAACAAAGGUUUUAGCCGCAGAAUUUAUUUGCUGAGUCACAUGAAAAAUCACCCGGAGGAGAAGUCUGGUGACUCGUGACAAAUGAAGCUCAUGUUGUCGUCCUCCGGGGGCAGCUGUCCACUCCUGUCUGACCCACAGAAGAAGAACCCGCAGAAGUCCAACCACCACCUCCUGUGGCUGAUGAGCCUAAU